AUGGCAGUCAUGAGAGCUCUUGUGCUUCUUUUCUUGGUCUUUUCUGUUGAGAGUGCACCAGAGAAAUGCCAACGUGGAUGGACACGUUUUGAUGGGCAAUGCUACAAAUUCUUCUCUCAGUCAGUUAACUGGGCCACAGCUGAGAAAAACUGUCGAUCCAUUGGUGCAUAUCUUGCAUCUGUGCACAGUACAGAGCAAAACAACUUUCUCUUGAGUCUGCUUGUGUCUGCUAACACAGCUGUUUGGAUUGGUGGCCAUGAUGGUGAAAUUGAAGGACAAUGGCUGUGGACAGAUGGAUCUCAAUUUCACUUUUCCAACUGGUGCACUAAAGAACCUAGCAAUUAUGGUGGUAAAGAGCACUGCCUGGAUUUAAACAGUCAAAUUAACCGUUGCUGGAAUGAUGCGUCCUGUUAUACCACAAUGAGCUACAUUUGUUCCAAACCCAUGUGAUCAUGAAAAAUCAAUCUGUUUCAAAAGUAUUAUGAUUGUACUACAUUUUUUUCUGAUCUUCAAAAUCUAUAAAUUAUUUCUGAAAUUAUCUUUAAAAACGACUGAACCUUUCUGAAAACUUCUCAAAUCAAUAAA